AUGGAUUCCAGACCGUCCAGGUCGAGUCCACGAAAGUCUACAGGAGGAACAGGACAAAAUUCGCAACCUCAUUCACCCUUUAAAUCCACUUCAACGUUGCCGGACCUCUCGCACCCUUCAUCCUCGUCUCACACUGCGGCUGUUGCCCCUCCGUCGACAUGGCUCCCCAUCCUCGAAUCCUCUAACCAACUUGUUUUAUACAACCCAACAUCCCAUGCGCUUACCAUCGCACCUCCGUCCCUCCCGCCUUCCCAACGGCCUGCCGCACUUCUCGCGCAAGGUGGAGAAGAUGACUAUGACGAGUCGAUUCGGUUGGACGAGAGUAGUUUUGCGCUUCAACAACGUUCAUCGAGUUCGGAAAUACCAUUUGCGCAUCAUCAUGCGCAUAACGGUGCCGCCGGUCCAGAAGGGGUGGGGAUGCCGCUCUGUCCAUUUUGCGCACGACCUCUUCCUCCGACAUUCCCAACGACGGUCAGUGGUGCGAAUGGGGCAGAUGCAGCCGUGAUUUCGCGUCGUGCGCCGAAUUAUUUCCAAUUUCUUGAAGCGAAUUUUAUCACGCAGAAUCGACCGCAACUCCUUUCGGGCACGUUGGAUGAGAUGGCGUUGGGAUCGUCUACUCCGCUCUUGUCACCUUCGUCGCCUGCCCCUUCGAUGCCUUCGACGCCCGGUGUGGGUGAUCGGGCACGGCUCAGGCCUAAAGUAGUCACUUCUGUUAGCUCUGGAGCGGGGGAUUCGGUUCCUGGGACGCCUCAGGCGAGGUUUAGUCGUGAUUCCAUGGCGCAGGGGUAUUUUGCUGCCUUUUUCAAAGAGGAGAAGAGGCUUGGAAUGGGUGCGAAUGGGAGUGUGUAUCUAUGUCAGCAUGUGCUGAACGGAAACUAUCUUGGUCAUUUUGCCGUCAAAAAGAUUGCCGUCGGGCACUCGCAAGAGUACUUGCUGCGAAUCCUUCGAGAGGUUCGCCUUUUGGAGUCUUUGCGCCAUCCCAAUAUUAUCAGCUACCAUCAUUCUUGGCUCGAAACCACGCGGUUCUCGAGUUUUGGCCCAAGUAUACCCACACUCCACGUACUCAUGGAAUGGGCCGAAGGCGGCUCACUGGAUGACCUCAUCGACGCACGUCAGGGCAAGCGUACUAUUAUCGCCGAGACAGCAUCCGGCACUGCGGACGACGAUGCCAAUCUGUCCACACGGUCCGCGCGUAUUCGUGCAUUCAAGGCUGCAAAGCAGAGCCAUGCCUCUGGUUCGGUGAAUACAAAUGGUACAAGGCAACGCUCUUCCUCUAUUGGUGUCCAUCUCUUGAGUCCGGAAGAAAUCAAGAGCUUUUUCAACGAUAUCGUCUCUGGAUUGGCGUUUUUGCAUGAUCGAUCGAUUCUUCAUCUGGAUCUCAAACUGGGCAAUGUACUCUUGACUAAAGACGAUGAUCGCCUCAUACAGCGAGCUAUGUUGUCCGAUUUCGGAACCUCUCAAGACGCGUUGCAAACAUCGCGUGUACGCUCAGGGAAUACCGGAACGGUGGAAUACUCUGCUCCUGAAGCCCUGGCAAAAGACCCUGUCACUGGUCAGCUCCUUCAAAUCGACUCCAAGUCAGACAUGUGGAGUCUUGGGAUCAUUCUUCAUAAACUCAUCUUUUUCCGCCUCCCCUAUCCGGAAAUUGACCCUUCUGAUGUGAACGGGAUCGAACGAGAGGUACUCGCAUAUCCAGGAUGGAAGGCGACAGCAGACGUGAUUUCUACGUGCAAGAGACGCGGAUUACCGCGGGCUACUCUGUUGCUCUUGGAAAGUUUACUGAAUCGCAAUCCGAGGGAGCGCCCAACGAGCGAAAGGGUCCUUUUUGCAUUAAAGGAUUCGUCUUCUCCGGAGCUUCCAAGCAGACUUAGACAUGGGGAAAGUACAGUGGUCGUUCGACGGCGAUCAUCGUCUAGAGAGAAACGGAGUCUCUCGCCCCUUGAAACACUGAGGCUAAAGCGACCGUCUGAGUCGCCCCCAGCAUCAACCGGUGAAACUCGUCCAUCUUCUCCAUUGAUCAGCAAGAUUCAUUCCCCGACCCAUGGGGACCUUGUUGAUCCACUCACGAAUCUUCUUCUUCCCGCCCCAGUUCGGGCGUACGCACGUCUACCAAGAACGAGAUGGAGAACACUUCGCACAAUAAUCCUCAUACUCAAGAUUAUUUCGCUCUCAAAGAUGUUUGGCAGGAAGGCGAUGAAGAUGGAAGAGGAGAUUUAA